CAGACCGGGGAGAGACCGGGGCGGCGGGACGUCAGGUUACGGCCCGCCGCCGGCGCAGCGGGCCAGGCCGACGCGACGCCUAGCGGGACCAGCAGCCGAGUGUCUGGUGGGGGCCCAGUGCGCCCGUCACCGCAACAUCGGGUGCGGCGGACCAGUGGUAGCCGGCCCACCUUCCAGUCAGGAGACAGUGACAGCAACAGAUCCGGAGAAGAUCUGGACGCGACUGAGCGAUGAUACGACGACGACACGACUGAUCGACCGCACGACGAGGCCCGGACGGGUGGAAGCGAAAGCAUGAAGUACUUCCAGCGCCAGAUGCUGCUGCUGCUGCCGGGCGUGACUCUGCUCAGUCUUCUGGUCUACCUGUCAGACGGCCCCAAACGAUUGUUCGGCAGGCCCGACUCCACUGCCGGCGAGCCCGCCGCCGCCUGCCGGCCGCAGGUCAACAUCGGCUUCCUCAAGACGCACAAGUGCGCCUCCACCACCAUCCAGAACAUCCUGUUCCGGUUCGGGCUGCGGCACAACCUGACGUUCGUGCUGCCCUUGACGGGCAACUACCUGGGUCGGCGCGAGCCGUUCAACGCGGAGCUGGUGCGGGACCUGCCGUGGCACGCGCUCGGCUAUAACAUCCUCGCCGUGCACAACCGCUGGGAUCACGCGCAGGUGGCGCGCGUCAUGCCGGCCAACACCACGUACGUGACGGCGCUGCGCGACCCGGCCGCCGCCUUCCAGUCGAUGUACGCGUACUUGGAGCAGGACCGCGUCGAGCCGCUGUCGGCCUUCCUCGAGCGCGAGCCGAUCCCUGAGGAGCGUUUCUUCGGCGUGCUUGGCCGCAACCAGAUGCUCUGGGACCUGGGCCUGCCGGCCGACCGGCUCACCGACUUUGCGGCCGUGCGCCGGCUGGUGGCCGACACGGAGCGACGCUUCCGGCUGGUCAUGAUCGCCGAGCGGCUCGACGAGUCGCUGGUGCUGCUCAAGCACGCGCUGUGCUGGCGCAUCGAGGACGUGGUCGGCCUGCGGCUCAACUCGCGCACGGCGGCGGCGCACAGCGCCCUGCCGCGCCGCGCGCGCGUUCGCCUCAAACGCUGGCUGGCCGCUGACUACCUCCUGUACUCGCACUUCCUGGCGCUGUUCGAGCGGCGCGUGGCUGAGUUCGGCGCCGCGCGCAUGCGCCGCGAGGUGGCCGAACUGCGCGCCGUCAACGAACGCGCGCUCGAGCGCUGCGACAUGGAGAGCAGCGAGCGCGCCACCAUGCAGCCUGACUUCGCCACGUUCAGCGAGCGCGUGUACGGCUUCCAGCCGCGGACGCACAGCGAGUGGUGCGACAGUCUGGCGAGGCCAGAGCUGCAGUUCGUCGACCUGCUGCGCAAGCGGCAGCUGCGCAUGGCGCAGGGGCAAGGGCUGCUGUUCAACUCGACGACCUGAGGACGGCCGCGGGCCGAGUGGGAUGUUGACGGUGUGAAUCACGCAUUCAUCAGAGGGUUUGUCUGGCAAUAGGCGCUGUUCUGUGUGAGGCGAGGAUGCAGCGAAUCACGUGGGUCAUAAAUGUGAA